AUGGAUGAUGAGAGAAUAGAACACCCAUCGUGGUUGAAUACAAGAUUAAUUGAGCCAGGUUUCUAUUUAACAACAGAAGACUAUUAUUAUUCAGUGCCACCAACAAAAUGUGAGCCAAUUAUUGAUGACCAUCAAAUAAAUCUUGGCGGGGAUGAUGAUGAUGUAAUUGAAAUAAAGCAUGUACCUGGCCAUACACCUGGAAGUAUUGUUUGUUAUUAUUCAAGAAAAAACGCUUUAUUUUCAGGUGAUUUUGUUUACGAAUGUGGGAGUGGUAGAUGUCUGUUCCAUUGGGCACCAACAUCACCUUCUAAAGAUUACGUACAAAGUGCUAAGCAGAUGAUUGAUUGGUUCGCUCAACAUGAAAUAAUGAAUGUAAAUCAAGUACGAAAGCCAUUAAACAAAUAUAUCGAGUAUGAAGAAUAA